AUGGACUAACCAUAAUUACUUAUUUCAACGAAAUAAAACCUUUUUGAUCUCUAAGCAUAAGUUAAUUAAUAAAUCAAAGAUCAUUGCCAUUAAUUGAAAUUGAUCGAUUAGAGUAAUGAAAAAGUUAUAGAAAAACUCUUAAAACAAUCAGAAAAACUUUAAAUGUUAGUUAGUAAAUUGGAUUACUAUCAAAUAUAACCAUAAGUGAGUUACUUAGAUUUAAUUCUGAAACAUCAGUACAAAUACGAAUUAAAAUUAUCUGAAGAUUUAGAAUUGCCAUGCUACAGAAAUCGAAUAUUCUCGAUUCGAUUUAAUCUCAUGUAUCAAAACUAAAUAUUUAUUAAUUAAAACAAAAUCAUUGUGGAGCUUGAGAUGUAUUAUAAUUUAAUAAAUUUUAAGUUGGACAUAUGAUGAAUUACCAAAAAAGGUAUCGCACAAUAACUAAGGAGAAUCAAUCUAUAAAGGGUGUUAAUAAGCAUUUAUUAAAGAAGGAUAAGGACGUCUCAACAAAAUUUAGAUUAAAGAAGUGUCCUCGCAUUUUCCACGAGGUUAAUUUGUAUUGAUAAUUGUACCAGUAAAUGAUCAUGGUGUAAUUGGGAAUUAAAAGUAAAUUUUUAAUAUUAAAUGAAAAUAGAUUAGGUCAGAUUAAAAAAGAGUGGAUAAAGCCAUUAGUCUUAAAUGAAUUUGUUGUUAAGGCAAAAAGAUUUUCUAAUCGUCAUAUUCCUUAUUAUAUUCGCAAGGAUGGAACUGUUAGCAUGAAACCUAUAUGA